AUGCGAACGGUGAUUACAGCAAUUAGAUCUCAGGCUAAAAGAGGAUCACGGGAAGAUACUCUGGUUCGAUUAGAAGUCAAGCCGCGUAAAAAAAUAGAAAGGACACGAAAAAUUGAAGAAAAGACAAUAAAUGGUAAAUUUAAGGAAACCAAGACACCUCAAGAGGAUGAUGAAUUGGUGAAUUUACGUGAAAGAGUAAGAAUUCUUGAACUUGAGCUUAAUUUGGAAUCACAAAAUAGUAAACAACUUAGUGCUAGACUGGCUAAAGUAACCUCUACAAAUGAACUUGAUUCGAAAUAUGCCGAACAAUCAUUUAAAAAUAUUUUGUACGAGGAUCUUACUAAUUUAUUGAUACAAAAUGUAAAAAUAAAAUCUGCUGAUGAAUUUACACUUUCAUGUUUUCAAAAUGGUAAAAAAGGUGAUUUAGUCUUUAAACUUUCAGCCACACCUGAUUAUCCAGGUAAUUAUGUGUUUUCUCCUUGUAUUGAUCCUACAAGAGAUUCUAUAUUGUUGAAAUCGUUGCCUCAAUGUCUUCAAGAAGAAAUUUUAUUUUCAAAAGAGAAAUCAUUUGAAUUCUACUGGAAACUUUUGCAUGCUUUAAAUUAG